AUGAUACUCAAGAAUACACUCGGAGAAACAAGCACAUUGUUUCUUCUCGCCUCCGAAAUCUUGGUCAGCAUCUUGCUGUAUAAUGUCACAGCCACCGGAAUGGCAGCUGCAAUCACGAUAGAUUUGGUGGUGGCAUCCCAGCGCGAAGCAAAUUUUUUGAGAAUGAUCGACCGUAAAGCUCCUUUGUUGUAUGAACCCGACGUUGUGAACCAAGCAAUCCGUCGGUAUGAGACAUGCUGGCUCCCCAUGCAGUCUGCUCAUCCCGAUUUGAACGUCAUCCCUCCAUUAGAUGUGCACUGGGUAUGGCACACUCACAUGCUAAGCCCUCUUCAUUAUCAAGAGGAUUGUGAGAAGUUAUGCGGAAAGGUGAUCGACCACAAGUUGUUGUCAUCGGAUGAGAUUCAGAAAAGGUAUGAAUCUUCUGUGCGCACUUGGGACACGUACUGUAGCCCGGAACCGUACGACUUUCUCGCUUCGACUGCCUCCAGCUCCACUCCAUACAAGUCUACAUGCGGUUAUGAUAUUGCAGCAGCUGUACAACGGCAACGGAACUUCAAUUAUCAGAUCUCAUUGCCUCACUAUACUUCGACAAAAUUUCUCACGGAAGCGGUUAAGCGAUAUAUACAAUUUCUUCUGCUAAAGCAAACGUAUUCGGACCAGUUUUUGACGCCUUGUUAUGAUUUCGACGUUGUUUGGCAUACACAUCAGGCCCAUCCUCACGCUUAUUUGCGGGAUUGCACUGCCAUAUUCGGUUCCCUGCUGAAACAUGACGAUACAGUGAAUGACCGGACAAAGGGUAGCAAACUACUGAAAGGUGAAGCAUUAACGAAGAAGCUCUGGACAACACACUUUGAAGAGCCAUUCUGGAGAAGGGGAUGCAUGUUCAGAGGUCAUAAUGCGCCUGCUUUUCUUGGCUUCGAAACUCAGGAUCUGUCUAACAUUGCUUAUGGAGAUGUACAUGUGCCAUCUAUAGCUUUGAAAGAUAUACCGGUUCAACGAGAGCAACUAAGGUUAAAGCUAAGCUAUGGCAACAAAAAAGUGACGACAUUCAAUGCUGAUCUCUCACAAAAACAGGUGACAAAGGCAGGUUUCUCAUUAAUAUGGCAACCCACAGAGGCUUCAACUUCGACGUCUAUCGUAAAAUUUCCCUUUGAAAGGAGACAAGCCAAAGAUCUUCUCGUAGAACUGGAAGUGUUUGAUAGAAUGUUUUUGCAACGAAGAGAUAGAGUGCGAUUAGUGGGUCGCGUAUCACUGAACCAGUUGUUACCGCCGGCACAGUCGAAAUCCGCACAUAAUGUGGCUGAAGUCGCGCUAAGAUCGAGAGGUGUAGAACCUGAGAUGAGCGCGAGAGUCAGUAUCACAACGAGCGUGACCCUCAAUCGCGAACUGCAGUUGAUUGCUGAGGAUUUCAUGGAGCAUCAAUUACAACCCGAUUCGCAUUUGUCAUACUUGUGUCAAUGUGGAGCUUUGAAUCGUGGCGGGUUGACACCGACGACUACCGUACAUAUCGCUACCCAUAGUGUCGUUGAUACUCGAGACGGAACAAAGUAUACGGUACAAGUGGUGCAUUCGGCUGCAUUGCUACUGUCAAUGAUCCUAGUAUACGGUAACGAACAACGAUUGCUCGCUAUGGCACAUCUGAUUGGUGCCGACUCUCUGCCAAGUCGUGAUCAGCUCGACAGUAAUUUGCAAUUUCUGCCUCAUUUGUCAAAUGCUGAUGAAAGAGCUUUUGUGAUAGUGAACAGAGAUGGUGAUUAUGCAAUUAUGAAAGGACGAUGGACUGGUUUCUCGAGGAAACAGCCUGCCGAUAAAGGCCAGAAAGCUAGACCGGGCUCCCCUGGACGUUUACUUGUCGAUGCAUUCAAUCUUUUGAAGAAUACUGUACAGAAAAUCGAAGUACCUUCGCCUGAAGGCUCGACUGUGUUUGUCAUUGGAGAUGCUCAGGCCCGUCUACAAGGUAAACGAAUUGAAGUUCGAUCGACAAAUACCGCCGAACAAAUUGCUUCUGUAUUUUGCGUAGCUACUUUAUUCGUAUUGUGCAACCCGGAUAAGAUUCGUUCUCGCAAUGAUACUACAGCAAUAGGUCAUCAAGCUCACAAGUGGCCACUAACCCUGGCAUGCGGUUACGGCAGCCAAAUACCGUCGAAUCGCAUGUUGCAGUCUCGGGAGACUGAAGGGCUCGAACUGACUCCAUUAAUGGCGGCCAUGUGCGGUCCAAGCGCUGUUGAUGCGGCAGCCUGUGGUUUUGAUAAUUGGCAUUGCGAUUGUAUACUGGCCAAAAGUCGCAGAGAUCUCGUUUUCCCACAUGAAGAAAAAUUGUAG